AUGAGCGGCGAGAUCGAUGCCGUCUACAUAUAUGACGAGCACAACGCCCCUCUCGUCGAGCAUAUUUACCGAUCCCGCCCGCCAUCGGCCGCCGCCAUCCUGCCCCUCUACCUGGCUCAUGCUGCCCCGCGCCCCUCCUUACUGUAUCUACCCGGAACUACGCCUCCGGUGACCGUGUUCUCGACUAUUCAGUCAAAUCUCCUGUUUCUCGCCGUGUCUGAGGUGGAUACGGAGCCGCUGUUGGUCCUGGAAUUCCUGCAUCGCGUGGUCGAUGUACUCGAGGAAUUUGUCGGUGCACCGCUUCUCUCCAGCAAGAUCCAGGCCAAUUACGAUGUCGUCGCUCAGUUGCUACAUGAGAUGUGCGAUGCCGGGGUAGUCUGUAACACCGAACCAAAUGUUUUGCAAGAAGUUGUGGAGGUGCCGAGCUGGAUGGGGAAGCUCCUCGGGGGAAUCACUGUGCCAGGCAGCACAUCCACGCCAGCUCUAGGAACAGCCAACCCUUUGAAGCAAUCCCUGGCCACCGCGAGCGCAUCCCAAGGCCCCGCAAUUCCCUGGCGGCGGUCAGGAGUACGACACACUUCUAAUGAGCUAUAUGUCGAUAUUAUUGAAUCUUUGUCUGUGACUAUGGCACCUUCGGGCAGGUUACUUUCUGCGUUGGUUUCCGGGACUAUCGCAUUCACCGCAAAGAUAUCUGGAGUGCCGGAUUUGCUUCUAUCAUUAUCAGCGCCGGGAGGUCAGCAAGCACUCGCACGCAAAUUUGAGCUUCCUGUUUUCCACCCCUGUGUGCGUCUAGCUCGUUGGCGAGAACGACCGGGUGAGCUCAGCUUUGUUCCCCCUGAUGGCCGCUUCAUUCUGGCAGGUUAUGAGGUUGAUCUACUCCCGAUAGACCCGGGUCUAGAUCAGCCACCAAGCCACAUGGAGAAGCUCUUUCUCCCUGCUAUCGUGGAUAUUCGCAAGUCCUUGGGGCCUUCAGGCGCAGAUUUUGAGGUUCGGUUGACUUUGAAUACCGACUUCCCGGGCCAGACCUCAUCUUCGCGGCCAACCGCUUCGCGGAGUGGAUCAGGGACCUCCACACCUUCCUUCCUUGGCGGUGGCAGUGGAAGCUCCUCCGGGCCGGUACUCGAGGAGGUGGUUGUGAGCGUUCCAAUUUCCAAAUAUGUGCGGCAUAUCACGGACAUGCAGGCCAGUCGCGGUGAUGCACAGUUUUCUCAUACCAGCGGUCUUCUUGAAUGGCGGAUUCCGACCACCCGCGACGCAGGGACUACCUCUGGUACUGCGACUCUUCGCUGUACCGUAUCCGGUUAUCCAUCGCCGGACGAGGACCUGGAGGAUAGCUUAGAAGAUGAGGAUGCCGAUGCUAACCUCCUCCAGGGCUACUACGAAGCCCCCACCUCCUAUGACCCGUCAUCUAACAGUACCAGGAAGAGCCGGGACCCCUCCAAGCGAAAGAAGAAGAAGAAGAAGUCGAGCAAAAAAUCUCGGACAGCCGAAGAAACCGGCGACGCUCCAGGUGAUGGCCCAUCCGAAGAACCAGUCAAAGCCAAAACCCCCUCCCCCAAUCAUUCCAAACCUCAAACACCGCAACCCAUGGCCCUCGCCCAACCUUCCUCCCAGCUUCCAGCUUUCUUCGCGCCAUCUUCUACACCUCGUCCAACGCCCCGCAGAACCAAAGCCCAAGUCAACGCGAGCCUAAUGCCGAACUCAGCCUCAGUCUCCUUCUCCGUGCGAGGCUGGCUUCCCUCCGGUAUCAAGGUGGAUAGCCUGACCAUUGAUCAGCGCCGCAGUCGGGGUCUUGGGGAGAGUGUGAAACCAUAUAAGGGGGUGAAAUACCUAUGUGUGAGCAAGCGCGGUGUAGAGCGGCGUUGUUGA